AUGCCGGAGAUGUAUGAGCCAUUUGGGUCGUGGAUGCUAGCAGCGAAAAAACCAAGGCGUGGCAGACAGACUAAUGGUAGAAUAGCUACGGGUGAAAAAGAAGAUAGGCAUAGAGGGAAGGAAGCCAUUACACUAACCGGACCUAGGAAUAUACUUGGGGCUACAAGAUUUGACAUUUUGGGCAUGGAAGAAGGUGAAGAUGUAGAGGUCCAGGAGAACACUGACCGGAACAACGAGAGCUCAUUACAGAGACAAGGAAAGGGGCUGAUGGAGAUGGAUGAUUUAGAACAUCACGGCGACACCCCGGAUGACUCGGAGUUCUUGAUGGAAGACGAUGGCAUACCGGAUUGGGCAACGUCUAAGGGAUUCCUUAGGGCUGCAAAACAUAUGAUCAAGAACUUCAAACCUUUGCUACUUUGCUUGUUGGAAUCGAAAAUCUCUGGAAACCAAGCAGACCAAGUGUGCCGAAAACUUGCAUUUGACCAAUGGGUUCAUGAUGACAAACAAAGGGACUGGUAUCUCGCAUGUGUUUAUGGCAGCCCCUCUCUUCACCUAAGAAAUAAACUUUGGGAUGAUCUUGGAAGACAUAAGAGGGGUAUCGACGGUCCUUGGCUUGUUCUGGGAGACUUUAAUGCGGUCUCAUGCAGGGAGGAAGUGAGCAACCCAACGAGUUUUUCGGACAGCAGAUUCAACAAGUGGCUAGACACGAAAGGACUAGUUGACGUGGGUUUCACUAGCCCAAAAUUUACAUGGACAAGAGGCAAUAGCGUGGAAACAUUCAAGGGAGUUUGGCUUGAUAGAGCAGUCUGCUCGACAGAUUUCCUCGACAUAUUUCCAGGAAUACACGCUCAUCACCUUGUGUCUUCACAUUCUAACCAUGUGUGCCUUCUUGUCAGAUUGGAACAGAAUACUAGGACGCGCAGCAAGGGCCGAUUUGUUUUCAACGCAGCAUGGACAGUCCAGGAGAAUUUCAAUGAAGUGGUGGGCUUGAAUUGGGAUCCGAAGGCAAAUUUAAAAACUAAUCUCCAGCAGACUGCUAAAGCUCUUAUUGAUUGGAGCAAGAACGGUCUAGGUACGACUUUUAAAAGAAAAAGUCGAGUUCAAAUUAAGACUAUGGUAAGGGAAUAUUACGUUCAUCUUUUCUCUAAAGAUCACAUAUCAAUAUGGAGUAAGUGCCCAAUCAAUUCUUUUCCAGAGAUUAAUUUAGACACUUGGAGAGACCUUUAUAAAGACUGCACUACUGAAGAGGUUAAAAGUGCCAUGUUCGAAAUGGCGCCUUUCAAAGCCCCUGGCCCUGAUGGCUUUCAUGCCGACUUUUUUCAAAAAGCUUGGGCAAUCGUAGGUAACCACUUGACUACAUAUACCAGGGAUUUUUUGAAUACUGGAAUUAUACCAGAAGGGCUGAACGACAGACUUGUGGCUCUUAUUCCUAAAAUCAAACACCUUGACAAACUAUCCCACUUCCGUCCUAUUAGCCUUUGUAAUGUGAUAUACAAACUGAUCACCAAGAUUCUUACAAACAGAAUCAAAGGUAUUGUUCGUGAGGCGAUAGGUCCUGAGCAAAGUAGUUUCGUCCUGAAAAGACAAAUAACGGACAAUAUUAUGGUCUUCCAAGAAAUCCUUCAAUCUAUGAAAAAGAAGACAGGUGCAGUGGGUCAAAUGGUAAUUAAAAUCGACCUCGAGAAAGCUUAUGAUCGCUUAUCUUGGCAAUUCAUUAGGGAGACUCUUGAGGAAGUGGGGUUCCGAACGGAUUGGAUUCAAAAGGUUAUGCAAUGUAUUGAGACUGCCAAACUUUCUGUCUUGUGGGAUGGGGAACUUUCUGUCUUGUGGGAUGGGGAACAACUUGAUUGGAUAAAACCUAAGAGGGGAAUUAGGCAAGGAGACCCAAUUUCCCCCUACAUCUUUGUCCUAUGCAUGGAAAGGUUGAGCCACAUCAUCAAGGAAGCAACCAUAAACGAAACUUGCCGUGGAAUUAAAAUUUCAAGGUAUGGCCCUACUCUUACUCAUCUUUUUUUUGUUGAUGACAUGGUUUUGUUCGCAGAAGCCACCGAGGAACAGGAAAGGUGGUGA